UAGUAACAAGUCUUAAUGCCUUUCUUCAGUACUAAAAUGGGCUAAUCUGUAGAAGCAGUUUACUCAAGUAUCAUCCAGGGUGCCAGGCAGAUCAGGAACUUUUCAAGCUGAAUUUUUCCUUGAAAUGCCCACUCUCAAUUUUACAGCCCUCAACACAAGUUUGUUAAUACUUACUUAAAAUUUAAAAAAUUGGAAUAAACCUCUUAGGUGGAUUAUCACUGCUUUUGGAAGACCUGCCACAUUUACCAGAUUAUUCUCCGUGAGAAGACAUGAAAGAAUAUGUGUUGCUUCUCUUCUUGGGUUUGUGCUCUGCUAAACAUUUCAUUGGCCUUUCACACUUUACAUUAAAGCAUAUGAUGCUGCAAGAUAUGGAAGAUGAAAAUGAUGAUGAUAACUCUUUAUUUCCAACUAGAAGACCAAUUCUGCCAGAAGUUCCUUUUGAUAUGUUUCCAGUAUGUCCCUUUGGAUGUCAGUGUUAUAUGAGAGUUGUCCACUGCUCUGACCUUGGUUUGACUUCAAUACCAAGCAAUAUUCCACCUGAUACUCGCAUGAUAGACCUUCAAAACAACAAAAUUAAAGAGGUCAAGGAAAAUGAUCUCAAAGGACUCACAUCACUUUAUGCACUGGCUUUGAACAACAACAAAAUAUCUAAGAUCCACCCAAAAGCCUUUCAAUCAACAAAGAAGUUGCGACGGCUGUACUUGUCCCAUAACCAGCUAACAGAGAUCCCAGCAAAUCUGCCAAAAUAUUUAGCAGAGCUACGGAUUCAUGAUAAUAAGGUUAAGAAAGUACAAAAGGAAGCAUUUCAAGGAAUGAAGGCUUUACAUGUUUUGGAAAUGAGCGCAAAUCCUCUGGACAAUGAUGGAAUAGAACCAGGUUCUUUUGAAGGCGUGACAGUCUACCACAUCAGAAUUGCAGAAGCUAAACUGACCUCAGUUCCCAAAGGGCUACCAUCCUCUUUACUAGAGCUUCAUCUAGAUGACAACAAAAUUACUGCAGUUGAACUUGAGGAUUUUAUUCGGUACAAAGAUCUUCAAAGGUUGGGACUGGGAAACAAUAAAAUCAAAGAUGUGGAAAAUGGAAGUUUUUCCAGUAUACCAAAUGUACGAGAAAUACAUCUAGAAAACAACAAACUGAAAAAGGUUCCUCCUGGACUACCUGAUCUGAAAUAUCUGCAGGUUGUCUUCCUUCACUCUAAUAAUAUUGCAAAAGUGGGAGUAAAUGAUUUCUGUCCAACAGGAGGAAGCUUGAAGAAGACAUUAUACAGUGGCAUUAGCUUAUUCAACAACCCUGUGAAAUACUGGGAAGUUCAACCUGCAACGUUCCGUUGUAUUUUAGGCAGAAAUAGCGUGCAGCUUGGGAAUUACUGAAAGUGAUACAGAAGUUUGCAUAUUCCAAAACUAUGUUUAAAUAGACAUGUUAUGUUGCUGGUUUUACAAUACUUGAAAUCUAUUGUAAAAGGGAAAUUUUACACCCUUUAACCAGUUUACAAAAUAUUUACACUAAUUUAGAGAUUGUAAACUAGAAACACAAUAUACUUUAGCAGUCCUUUGUUUUAUCUGAUAAUGUUAAACUUACAUUUUUGAGUAAAUUAUGCAAAAACCUUGAUUUUCAAGGAAAGAACGACUCUUGGAAACUGAACUGGAAACUGUUUCCUAUUACAGAUUUUAAAUUGUUUACUUAAAUCUACUUACUUUGUUUUUUUCCAAUACAGAAGCAAUGAAAAGCAUUAAGUAAAAAAAACAAACUAUCAUGACUUUUUUCAGUACUGAAAAUAUUUUAUUUUAAAAAGUGUAUAUAGAAUGCAUAAAAAUGUGCAAACAAAAAAUAUCAGAUGUAGUGUGUCAGAUUUUUCACUGGUAAAAUAAAUUGACUAAGAGCAAUUAAAAAGGUAUGGUAAUUCAAAUUUGAUGUUGCUCUAGUUCUUCUAAUGUCACUAAACCAGAUUAUAUUUAGUCUUUUUAGUUAAAUGAAAUUGGGUUUGAUACCUUAGAAUUAAGACCUUAAAAACUCUUAGCUUUUUAGUAUUUAUUGUUGCAACGCUUAACCAUAAAAUGUCCAUCAGUGUUUUGCUACCAAAAUAAUUGUAUGCUCUCUGAAUACUAAAAGGCAGCAUUCAAAAUUUACCAUCUGCUUCAAGCUUAUUAGGAGCUGUUAUUAAAACCUCUGUAGGGCAGCACAAAAAUAGUAACAUUUUAUAUAUAUAUAAACUGUAAUCAUGUUCUUUACUUUAAAUAUGAUUUUUUACAUUUAUGACAUCACAUAAACCACAUUAAUAGUAAUGAAUUAUCUAAAAGUUCUCCAACAUUGCCGAAUAUAAGCAGUGUAUAAUGUAAAUGUAAUUGACAUAACUGCUUAUGUUGGAUAACAUGCAAAAUAUGAAAUACUGACAGUACUGUAUAAAAUGGAUAUUUUAUAUAUCUAUUUAGUGUAUAUUUGUUACUCGUAUUCAUCAUAAAUUAAAUGAACUUAAAGAUUACCCUGAAAUGUAAGUCUUUUAAUAAAAAGG